CUCACUCGCGGCGAGCAGAGCACUCCUUCAGCGACGCACUCUGCAGAACAUAGCGGUACACCGAAUAGACCCAGCCAUGCGUGUCCUACUGUCCGCCAUGUUGUUGCUGUCGGCCAUGUUGUCGUGCGCGGCGCAGGCGCAGUACCCGCGCCCGCGCCGCCCCGAGCGGUUCGACACGGCGGAACAAAUCUCCAACUACUUGAAGGAGCUGCAGGAGUACUACUCGGUGCAUGGCAGAGGACGGUACGGAAAACGACAGAUGCACAUAGCCGAUUCGUCCAUAGUCUUCAAGGAGAUGCCUUUCUUCGACGAAGCCCACAACGACGACGCCAUUUUCAAAAACCUCGGCUACAAGUAAAUCGGAAACCAAUCUUAACAUCGCAGACAAAAUAAAAACAGUAUAACGUCCCUGUAUUAUUUAUUUAUGAUAGAUAUGAAAUAAAAAUACGUUGUGAACAAUUGUUUUGACAGUCAAUCUUUUAUUUCGUACAACGGUUUUUUUUUUAAUAUUCGAAUCUUCCAAGAUUGCCUCAUUUGCAUGACGCGCGUUUGAUUCAUUAGCUUUUAAACCAACAACAUGGAGAAGAAUUUUCCAAGAUUCGAAUUUUAAAAAUUAAUCUGUGGUUUAAAAAUAAAUUGUUUAUCUGUGCCAUUUUUUUAAUGAUUCUGCAUUAUGUUUUUAUUAUUUUAAAUUUAGAAUACCUUUGAAUAUCACAACGUAUUUCCUAGUCAAUUGCAUGCCAAAUGUAGUCAAUUAACUUACUUUUAAAUUAAAAUCCCAAAAAUAAAUUUCGGGCUGGGUGAAAGUUCUUUUUGGGAUUUUGUGGCCUAAGUUACUCUGUUCGAUUAAUUUAUUUAAGUACUUAAUUUAUGUUUUUAUAUUAUUUUUGUUAUUCUCUGUAGUAUUAUUAAUAAAUAGUAUUUCUGAAUUGCAAUACUGACAGUGA